AUGGCGUCAGGUCAGAAAGUAAGCUUGGAGAAAUCGAAGAUUUACUUUUCUGCGAAUGUCACUUGGGACCAAAGAGAGGAGAUCAGCGGUUUUAGUGGUAUCCAACAAACCUGUGACUUGGGGAAGUAUCUUGGGAUGCCUGUUCUACAAAAAAGACUGAAUAAGGAGACUUUUGGGGACGUAUUGGCAAGGAUGUCAUCUCGCCUGGCGGGAUGGAAAGGAAGAGUUUUGAGUAUGGUGGGGAGACUUACUCUUACCAAGGCAGUGAUAUCGGCGAUCCCCAUUCAUUCCAUGAGUACUAUAAUGCUGCCACAGGCCACGCUAGCAAGGAUGGAUCAAAUAUCACGGAGUUUCCUGUGGGGUAGUGAUGGAGAGAAGAAGAAACAACAUCUCGUUGCUUGGAAUAGGGUGUGCGUCCCGAAAAGAGAAGGUGGAUUGGGGUUUCGCUCAGCUAGGGAGAUGAAUAUGGCUAUGAUAGCGAAAAUAGGGUGGAGAUUACUGCAAGAUCAAAACAGUUUAUGGGCCGGCGUUCUACGAAGCAAGUACAAAACUGGAGACCUGGUGGAUCGAUCAUGGAUUGUGGCUAAGUCUCAUUGGUCUUCGACGUGGAGAAGCAUUAUGGUAGGUAUGCGAGAAGUGAUAUUGGAGGGAAUUGGUUGGGUCAUUGGGGAUGGGAGAUCAAUCAGUUUCUGGAGGGAUCGUUGGCUGUCGGAUACGCCUCUGAUCACGAGUGCUGGAGUCAUGAUACCGGAUGGGCUCAAACUUAUGACAGUACGAGACUUAUGGCAAGAUGGCAUGAGAUGGAGAAUGGACAGGAUUCUCCCCUAUGUGUCGGAAGAGAACCGCCUGAAAAUGAUGUCUGUCGUCGUGGACACUCUCUCAGGCGCUAAAGAUAGCUUGUCGUGGACAGCAAACCCGGAUGGAGAAUUCACGGUGAGUUCAGCUUAUAAUCUUCUCACGAGGAAUGAAGUGCCAAGACAAGAUAUGGAGAAAUUUUAUGACCGGGUUUGGAGAGUAGUAGCUCCGGAGAGGGGUACGGUUAUUCUUGUGGAUGGUAGGGAACCAAUGUAUAAUGACGAAUGCUGA